AUGACGAAGGUUCACUAUUCCCGGGCACCGGAAAACAGCACCAAGUCGUGCAAGGCUCGCGGAUCCGAUCUCCGCGUUCACUUCAAGAACACCCAUGAGGCCGCUAUGGCUCUUCGCGGUAUGCCACUCAGACGCGCUCAAGCUUUCCUCAACCACGUCAAGGAACACAAGGAGAUCGUUCCAUUCAGACGUUUCCACGGAGGAAUCGGCCGUGCCGCUCAAACCAAGCAAUGGAACACCACCCAAGGAAGAUGGCCAGUCAAGUCCGCUGACUUCCUUCUCGAUCUGUUGAAGAACGCUGAGAGCAACGCCGAGUACAAGGGACUCGAUGUUGACCACCUUGUCAUCGAGCACAUCAACGUUCAACGCGCAGCCAAGCUCCGCAGAAGAACCUACCGUGCCCACGGAAGAAUCAACCCAUACAUGUCCUCUCCAUGCCACAUCGAGGUCAUCUUGGCCGAGAAGGAAGACGUUGUCUCCAAGCCAACCGAUGAUGUUCCAAAGAUCAAGAAGGAGUCGAAGAGAAAGCAACGCCGCCAGUUGGCCCGCGGAGAAUUCUAA